AUGCAGAACUCAGAGGGAGGUACUGACUCGGCGUCCAGUGUGGCGCUACGUACGUCCACUUCUGCCCAGGCGCCUGUGGUCCAGCCCGUCCCAGCCUCCCAACAGAGAGUGCUUGUUCAGGCCACAGGUUCCUCACAGAAAGGAGCCCAGGUACAGCAGCUCACCGUACCCAGAGUACAACAGGUCCCCCAGCAGGUCCAACAGGUCCAGCACGUGUACCCUUCCCAGGUGCAGUACGUGGAGGGUGGAGAGGCCGUCUACCCUAAUGGCACCAUUCGCACUGCUUACUCCUAUAACCCAGACGCCCAGCUGUACGGACAGGGCAGUGGCGGAGCUUACUUUGACUCUCAGGCCGGCAGUACCCAGGUCACCACCGUGGUGUCGUCUGCCAGCGGAGUGCCACCACACGGCAUGGUCGGCAUUGCCAUGGACGUGGGUGGCAGUCAGAUCAUCUCCAGUGGCAGCGCCUACUUAAUCCACGGAGGCAUGGAGGGAGGCCGUCACCAUAGCUCCCACUCCUCACGCUCCUCCUCUGCAAUGCUUGAAAUGGCGAUUGAAAACCUCCAAAAGUCUGAAGGGAUUGCCUCUCACAAAAGCAGCCUGCUCAACAGCCAUUUACAGUGGCUGUUGGAUAACUACGAAACGGCGGAGGGUGUGAGUCUUCCACGGAGCUGUCUCUAUAACCACUACCUGAGACAUUGCCAAGAGCAGAAACUGGACCCGGUCAACGCCGCCUCGUUUGGGAAACUCAUCCGCUCUGUCUUUAUGGGCCUCAGAACCCGUCGCCUUGGCACCAGAGGAAACUCAAAGUACCAUUACUAUGGCAUUCGCCUGAAACCUGACUCUCCACUCAACCGCCUGCAGGAGGAUUCCCAGUACAUGGCAAUGAGACAGCAACCUGUCCACCAGAAACAGAGGUUUAAGCCCCUCCAGAAGGUGGACGGCAUGGGCGACGGCCUGUCCGGGGGCUCCCAGCACUCAGCCAGCACCCCGGAGCAGUCUGUAGCUGUUCAGAGCCAACAUCACCAACAGUACAUCGACGUGUCUCAUGCCCUGCCCCCGUUCCCCUCCCUGGAUUUGGGUUCCACCCCUCUGCCCGAACGCAUCACUAUGAAUGACGUGAAGAAACUUCAGAACCUCUACAGGGACCACUGUGAGGCUACUUUGGACGUGGUGAUGAACCUGCAGUUUCACUUCAUUGAGAAGCUUUGGCAGACUUUUUGGUAUUCAACAGCGCCAUCUAGUGACAGCUCCACCACCAUUCCUAACAGUGAUGAGGACAUGGAGGGGGUGAUUCCCAGAGAGAAGCUGGUUGCUCUGUGUAAGUACGAGCCAGUGAAGCAGUGGAUGAGGAGCUGCGAUCACAUUCUGUACCAGGCCCUGGUGGAGAUCCUCAUCCCCGACGUGCUACGGCCCGUCCCCAGUACCCUGACUCAGGCCAUCCGAAACUUUGCCAAGAGUCUGGAGGGCUGGCUGACUUCAGCUAUGAGCGAUUUCCCACAAGAAAUAGUUCGCACUAAGGCGGCGGUGGUGAGCGCGUUUGCGCAGACGCUGCGCAGAUACACGUCCCUGAACCACCUGGCCCAGGCUGCGCGUGCAGUGUUGCAGAACACAUCCCAGAUUAACCAGAUGCUGAGUGACCUCAACCGGGUGGACUUUGCCAAUGUCCAGGAGCAGGCUUCGUGGGUGUGUCAGUGUGAUGAGGCUGUGGUCCAGAGGUUGGAACAGGACUUUAAGGUGACGUUGCAGCAGCAGAGUUCUCUGGACCAGUGGGCUGCUUGGCUGGACAACGUGGUGAACCAGGUCCUCAAACCCCACGAAGGCAGCCCCAGUUUCCCCAGGGCCGCACGGCAGUUCCUGCUCAAAUGGUCCUUCUACAGCUCCAUGGUGAUCAGGGACCUCACCUUACGCAGCGCUGCCAGCUUUGGCUCGUUCCAUCUCAUCCGUCUGCUCUACGACGAGUACAUGUUUUAUCUGGUGGAGCACCGGGUUGCCCAGGCAACCGGGGAAACGCCCAUCGCCGUCAUGGGAGAGUUCAGUGACUUGAGCUCGAUGAUUCCGGGGCUGAUGGAGAAAGAUCCUUCAUUCUCUGAUGACAUGAGUGACCUGGGUAGUGAUGGUGAUGUAUCCAGGGGCCCUAAUGAGCCUGCAGUGAAGAGAGAGAGAAUUGAAAUCAACCACUCCCUGCAGGAGAUCUAA